CAAAGAUGCCUACUCACACCCUUAACGAGCUGCCUGCCAACAUUCUUACCAGAAUAAUAGCUUUCUUGUGCCAGGACAUAAUCCACGAGCAUGCUGUCCUCGCUGAUUACUGGGAGGCAAUGCGCAUCGCCACCGUCUGCCGCCACUGGAAGUCUUGUAUGCCACCACAUGCCUAUCGGUUUGUUUUUCGCAGCAAGGAUGUCGGGCAGGUAGUGUGGGUUUCCAACAUCACAUCGCUCCUCUGUCAGCAAAACCCACACUUGCCAGCCAUUCUGCGUGUCAUCAUGAGCGACGACUACACUGGACCCCUCCGACUCACAACCGCACUUGGUGCCCUUGGUCUCACAUCACCACCCUGGGAUAGGCUGAACACGAUCCAAUUCUAUGGCAAAGGCAUUUUAAGGUCGGGAACAGACUGUCACACUCUGGACAUGCAGAAAGAUGCCAAUGCCUUUUUCGAUUUCAUUCGGCACAGCUACCAAACCCUGAAAGCAAUUGGGCUACAUGCAGCUAUUCCCCCGCACACCGAUGAUACUCUGGGAGCCCCUCCCUCUCCUACUACACCCGAGCCAUUCAACUAUACCAUAUCACCACACUACCAGACGCUGCUCUCGAGAUUUGCUCGCCGCCUUUCCUCUCUCCAGUGUUUCCAGCCAACGACUUUGACAUUCCACGCGCCAGCAACUCUUAUGCUGGCUUCACUUGAGCUUGACGAGAGCUGCUUCCGGGUUCUUGCACCUGAGGUAUACUUUGAGUGUUUGAAUCUUCGGAAGCUGAGACUGCUUAAUAUAGAGAACGAGGUGCCGGUGGGAAUCUUUAAACAUGGCUUUGCUUGGACGGGCCCUCUCAGCCGACUCACUGAACUCCAGCUCCACUUUAAGAGCGGGUCUGAUUCUCAGCAGCAAACCCUGGCCCUUCCUGCCCAUCUCUUGCGUACAUUUCCAAAACUCUCAAAGCUGCUGGUUAGCCAAUCCACCGGUGUGCUGCUGCAGAUCAACGAGAACCACCGUAAACUCGCCCAGAUCGACACUGGCAUUAUUCGCAACAUUAGCUGCCUUCACCUAAAGACUAUUUUACCUGGUGGGGGUAGCAAGGUGAAUGAUCCUGCACACUUUGUCACCCGGUUCUAUCUAGCUGACUCCUCGGUUCGGAGAGCUCUACUUCAGACCAUGGUGCCCUUUCCAACACGCCUUUGCUGGCAUAGCCUCGUAUGUCUUUCGUUGGACACAGACAUCGCGCCAGUGGCACUCAUCAAACAGCUGCUGGGACAGUUGGUCCUACUGAAAUACCUCCGAAUUUCAUGCACGACAAUGGACCCAGAUGAUAGGGAUUCCUACUACUGGAGAGAGAGCUACAUGUCGGAGGAUACUUGCGACGCUAUUCCACCAACUGGUCAUAACGCUAUCCGGCUGGACGAUCUACAAACCUCGAGCGACAUCCGGACAACGAACAAGAGCUUGCAGGUUUUCGGCAUGCGUGCCACAAGCCACUUCGAUGAAGCAGCCAUAUCUAGAUUGCUUCUCUCUCUUCCGGCACUCCAGCAACUUGCCGUGGAUACUGAGCAUGCCGAUGUAAUCCGGAGCAAUAUAGAACGGAUACAGUCGGAUGUUGUUGUAUGCGAGUACUCAGAGAUUAGCCGCUACUUUAGACUCUACUAGUGGCCUUAAACAUGUGCACUGUGC